AUGAAUGAUAUUUGUUACCCCUAUAAUUGUAGUAUUACCUAUAUAAAUAGUAAUGGUGUUAUAAGCACAAGAGAUAUUAAAGAGUACGAUGGUGAAGAGAUAAAUGAAAUUAUAAAUGACCACGAUAAUAACAAUAAUAAUAAUAAUAACAAUAAUAAUAAUAACAACAACAACAACAAUAAUAAUAAUAAUAAUAAUAGUAAUAGUAAUUUUGUUUUUUGUGAAAAUGAUUUAGAUAAUAUUAAAAGCAUUGUUAUAAACUUGAAACCUUUUCAUAAAGAUUUUGAAGAUAAUAUAAUAUUUAAGAUUAAAAAGAAAAAUGAAAAAUAUGCUUGUGAGUGGGUUGUAUUUAUAAAAACGUCAGUUGAGGAAAUAAAAAAUAAAGUUUGUAAUAAAUACACAUCACAAGAUAUAGAUAUAAAUAAUAUUGAGGAAAAAAUAUUCCCAUGUAAAGAUAUUAAAGAGAUUAUGUUAAAGUAUGUUUAUUGCACCACAUUUUUUGAUAACUAUAUAUUAAGUAUAAAAAAUGAACUUGAGAAAUAUAGUUUAGAUAUGAAUAUAUCUAUUGAUGAUUAUAUAAGAGUACCUAACGAUUUAUGUAAGUAUACAUAUGAUAAUUUUUUAUCGUCAUAUAAAAAAAAUAAAGCAACCCAAAACAAUCAUGAUGUCUAUAAUGACAAUAAUAUUGGAUAUAAGAAUCUAAGUGAAAAUGAUCAUAAUAAAAUGAACAUAGUGAAUAAUAUGAAUACUAAAAAUAAUAAUUUUGUAAAUUAUACAAUGAAUAUUAAAUGUAAUGAUAACACAAAAGGUAAUAAUAAUAAUACAAAUGAUGAUAAUACAAAUGAUGUAAAUAAAAAUGAUGUAAAUAAAAAUGAUGUAAAUAAAAAUGAUGUAAAUAAAAAUGAUGUAAAUAAAAAUGAUGUAAAUAAAAAUGAUGUAAAUAAAAAUGAUGUUAAUAAAAAUGAUGUUAAUAAAAAUGAUGUUAAUAAAAAUGAUGUUAAUAAAAAUGAUGUUAAUACAAAUGAUGUUAAUACAAAUGAUGUUAAUAAAAAUGAUGUUAAUAAAAAUGAUAUUAAUACAAAUGAUAUUAAUACAAAUGAUAUUAAUACCUAUGAUAUUAAUACCUAUGAUAUUAACACCUAUGAUAUUAAUACCUAUGAUCAUACAUAUAAUCAGACGGCACAUAAUUAUUCUUAUAAUACUAAUAAAUAUAUCUCAAAAUAUAAUAACAUACAUAAUAAAAUAAAACGUUCAAAAAGAAUAAACAAUGAUGAAGAGGGAGAUGAAGAUGAUUUUUUAGGUGAAAUUUUAUCAUUCAAACAUUUUAAUGAAGAUACAAUAAAUUUAUCAAAUAAUUUAAAAAACAAUAAAUAUGAUCGAUAUAAUUAUGAUAAUAAUAAUAAUAAUAAUAAUAAUUAUGAUAAAUAUUAUAAUUACAAAUUAAAGAAUAAUUUAUUUAAAUCGGAUGUAAAUCAGAAUUAUUCAUCACAUUUAAAUAUAAAUAAAAAAUUUCAAAAAAAUUUCCAUAAUAAAAAGAUUUUUCCAAAUAUGAGCCAAGAAGAAGAUGAUAAACAAGCAUCAACAGUAAAUAUUUCUAGUGAUGAUAAUGAUGAGGAAUAUAAUAAUUAUUUUUAUUCUACUAAAAAAACUGAGAGUGAUAUUAAAGUAUAUCAUAAUGUAAGAAAGGAUUUUUAUAUUUUAAAUACUAAAAAUAAUAGUUCGAACUUUUCGAAUUCUGAAAAUGAUAAUAUCAUGAGAAAAAAUUUAAUUCAAUUUUUAAAUGAAAAUCGUAAUAAAGUAAAAUCAUCUAGAAGUGAUUAUAGUGAAGAUAAUAAUUUAUUAAAUAAUCCAUAUGAUAAAAAAACCAGAAAAAUUAAUCAAACUUGUAAUAAAAAUGUAUCCUACAGUGGGAAUAUGACAUUUAAGGAAAAUAUAUCAUUUGAUAAAAAUAAUAAAUUAUAUAAUAAAAAUAUUUCAUUCAAUGAAAAAGCGUAUAAUAAUAGUAAUAAAAAUUUAUCGAAUAAUGUAAUUAAUUUUUAUCAAAAAAGAAAUUAUAGUAAUAAUGAUAUACAUGAUUUUAUUCAUAUGAACAAAGAUGAUAGUAAUGAUAAUAUUAACAAUAAUAAUAAUAAUAAUAUAGAAAAAAAUAUAAUGAGAAAUAGGCAAAGACAUGUAUCCAUUCCUGUUUUUAGACACUCAUUUUUAAAUGAAAAUAUAUCUAAGCCAGAUUCAUUUCGAAAUAAAUAUCUUAAAGAAUCUAACAGCAAAUAUCCAUGGAAUUAUUUAUCAAAUUCUUCUAUCGAAUGUUUAGAAAAUGAUAAAUCAAAUAAUAAUAAAAUUGUAAAAUCAAAAAAUAAUAAAAUUAUAAGACCCAAUUAUAUAAAUGAUGAAAAUGAAGAUCAUACAACGAAAACUUGUGUAAAAGGUUCUAGAAAAAAUAAGGAUCAAAAUAUAGAAAGUAAUAUAAUAGAUAAUCAAUAUGUAAAUAAUAAAAUGUUGAUGCUACCAAAUAACUUUCAUACGGAUAAUAAUAUACAUAAUAGAAAUAAUAGUAGUAAUUCAACAUUUGGUAACAUGAUACGUCAAAAAAAAGAAGAUUAUUUAUUAAAUAGUAAAAGAAAUGAUUUAUAUGAUGAAAAGCAAACAUUUUCAAGUAGUAAUAUAAAUGAAAAGACAAAAAUAAAUAUAAAUAAAGAAAAAAAUAAUAAUAAAAAUAAUUUAGAAUCCCAUUAUGAAUAUUUAAGUAAUGAAAUUCUGAAAUUUAUGAUUAAAUAUAAUGAAAGUUCAAAAAAUUUUAAAAUGGAUGUAAAUGAAAUAGAUACAGAACUUUUAAGUACUAGCAUAAAAAAAUUUGUUCGAAAUUUAACAGAAAAAGAAAUGAAUCAAUUAUUAUGUAACAAGGAUUAUAUUUUUUCAAAAAUUAUUAUGGAAAGUUUAGAAAAUAACGAAGUCAAUAAAAAUGAUAUAAAUGUUACAUGUGAUAAUAAAACUACAACGCAUGAAGAAUAUAAUAUAGAUAAUAAUAGUAUAGAUAUAAAAAAAAAUACAGACCCUAGUCCUAAGAAUGAUAAUAUAAAAAAUGAUUUACAAUUAUGUGGCAGUAAAACUAUGUCCAAUUUAUAUAAAGAGGGAAACACAAAUGAUAUUGAUGCAUCAUAUAAUAAUAAAUCCUGUGAAAAUAAUUCUAAUAAUAUUUACACAAAUGUAUUAAAAAAUAUGAAUAAGGACCAAAUUUUUAAUAAGAAUCUUAAUAGUUCUUACCACAAUAAUGUUAAGAAGAAUAAUACAUUUAAUGUUAAUAUUAAUAAAAAUGCAACCAAUAAUAUGAGCAACAAUAAUAAUAAUAAUAAUAAUAAUAAUAGUGUAACUGAUUCUAUAAAUAAUAAUGCAAAAAAUAAAAUGAGAUCAGUGAAAUUGUCAAAUGAUAAUGUGAGUAUGUUGUAUAAUUAUUGCUUGGAUAUAUGCAGAGAUAAUAACUCACAAUUAGACAAAAAUAUACAAGGUGAUAAUAAGAUGAAUGAAAAGUUUACAAAUGAAAAUCAUAUGGAAAAUGUAAAGGACCUAAUUAAAAAGGAAGACAAUACACAUAUAAAUGAUACAAAUGAUACAAAUAGUAAUAAUAAUAAUAAUAAUAAUAAUAGGAGUAGUAGUAGUAAUAAUAAUCACUUGGAUAAGUUGAAAAACUUAACAUAUGAUCCUAAUACUAUGUCGUCGCCUAAAAGAAAAAAUUUUAAAGAACAUAUAAAUUAUUUUUUCAAUGAUUGCUUUAAAAAUUUUAAAAACUUAAAUGAUAAAAUUAAAUACAAAAAAAAUUCCGAAAAUGUUGCUAAUACGAAUAAUGAUAAAAAGGAAGAAAAUAAUGGUAACUUGAAUGAAAAACAUAAAGAACAAAAUAUUGAUAAUGUAUUGAAUACUAGAAAAGUACCAUUUGAUGGUCCUAUAUUAGAUGAACACACCUCGUGUAAUGAUAAAGAUGAUGAUAAUUUAGAAAGUGAAAAAAAGACAUUUAACAAAUGUACAAGUGUAACAAACAAGGAAUCUAAUAAUAUGAUAUUAAGGAGUGAUAAUAAUAAUGAUAUCAUAAAAAAAAUGAGAACUAAUGAUCAUAGAGAAAGAAUGUCAUUUGAACAUUUUAAUAAUAAGAUAAAUAAUUUAAUUAAUAAAUAUGAAUAUAAACAAUGUCUUAAUAAAUAUGAAAGACAGUUAAUUAAAUUUGUACAGACGUUUAAGAAUAAUAAACAAGAUCAUAUAUCUUCACAAAUAUACAGUGAUCAUAAUGAUAAAAAUAAUUUAAUAAAGUACACAUAUGAUGAAGAGAAUAUAUUAAAAGCAAUUUUAAAGAAUAUAAUGUGGGAAAAGUCAAAUAUGAAUAAUAAUAAUAAUAAUAAUUCUUCAAGUAAUGAAUCGUUCUUUUCAUUUAAUAAUAGUAUUAAAGAUAUAGAUGAUAAUUUUGUUGAAAAUGCUGAUGAUAGUAUAUAUGGUAAUAUUGACCAUAAUAAUAAUAAUAUUAAAAGGUCGUAUGGUACUAAUAAUAUAUAUGAUUAUAAUAAUCAUGAUAGUAGUAGCGGAAGCUGUAUUAAAAUAUGGAGUGAUAAAAUGAUAAGAUAUAAAAAUAAUAAAACAAAUGAGAAAUAUUCAAAUAGAAAAAAUAUAUAUCCAAUUAAACAAUCAUGUAGUGAUAGUAAUCAUUAUAUAUUACAAAAGAUUAUGAAAAAUAAGAGAGAAAAAAGUUGUAAUAAUAAUGAAGAAAAUAAUUUCUCAUUUAAUGAUAUUUUAUAUGACAAACGUUCAAAUAAUUAUGAUAAUAGUAUUAGUAUGUCAUAUAAUAAAUGUUUUCAUAAAAAUAUAAAAAAUAUUACGAAUUCGAUUACUAAAAAUUAUUUGUAUUAUAAUAAUAAUAAUAAUAAUAAUAUUAAUAAAUAUGGAAAAAGAAAUGAAAGCUUUGAACAUAUAUCAAAUAAUAAUAAUGGGAAUCAUAAAAAAAAUGAGAAUUUAUUAAUGUUAUCUCAGUCAAAGAAUUUUUCCUGCUCAUCUUAUAAUAAGGAAAAUAAUUUAUUACCCAUUAUAUGUGAUGGGAAUAAUGUAGAUAAAAAUAAAUUAAAAAAUACUAGUGUAGGAAAUAUGAUUAAAUAUAAGGAACCUAAAAAUAAUUUAAAAUAUCCAAUGAAUAUAUAUAAUAAAUUAUUUAAUAAGGAUAGACAAAAUAUAGAUAUAUCACCAGAACAAACAUUAAAUCUUGUUAAAAGUAUACAAAGAGAAAGUAUGUUAAACAAAGCUAAAGAAAUUAAUUUAUUUAAUGAACGUAAUAACAAUAAGAUAGGAUGUACAUAUGAUAAUACGAAUAACACAUCAAUAUCUGAUUUUAAUAAGGACAAAAUUAUUAUAAAUAAUGUUCAUAUACAAAAAAAAAAUAAUUUUUCUAAUAUAAAUUCUUUAAAAAAAAAUAGUAAUGAUUUAUUUAAUAAAAAUAUAAAAUUUAAUAAUAAUAAAAUGGAGAAAUGUAUGGAUAUUUUUGAAAAUUUUCAAAUAAAAAAUAAGGAUAAAUAUGCACACAUUUUUAAUGUUCAUGUAGAUAACAAAAAAAAAUGUAGUAAUUAUGAUGAUUAUUUUAAAAUAACACAUUUAUACAAAUUUAAUAAUAUAUUAUCAAAUAAUAAUAUUACCAAUACAUUAAAUAUACAUAAUAUAGAAUAUAAUAAAUGUAAUAAUAUAAAAAAGGAACGAGAAAAUAAUAUACUAGAUAAUGUUCCAAAUGAUGAUAUGAAGAUACCCAAAAAAAAGGAAAAUGAAAAAACUGAAUUAAGGAUUAAUUUAAAUAAUUUCAAUCAGAAUUAUAUUAAAGAAUUAUUAAUUCAAAAAAUGUAUUAUCAAAAGGAAUUUUAUAAUAAUAAUGAUUUCAUUCAUAAAUAUAAUGAUAAUCAUACUUUAAAAGAUAAUAUAUAUUCAGAGAAAUGUAAAUAUGACACUUACAAAUCUGGUGUAUAUAAUAAUUCUUAUUCUUCAUAUAAUUCAUUAAAAAUUAAUUUGUUUUCUUUAUUUGAUGAUAUGUAUGAGAAAUUUUUUAUAGAAAAUUAUCAAGAUCGUGAUAAAAUGCUCAACAUUUUAAGUAUCAAUAAAUCCUUAUGCUACAACCAGUUGUCUAUAUUUUAUAAAAAGAAAAUAUUUUUUCAAUAUAAAGAAGCAAAAUAUGUACAUAAUAAUUACAACAUGAAUGUAUCAUAUAAUGCUUAUAAUUUAUAUAUAAGUCAAAAUGUGAUUCAGCACAAAAAUUACUACAAUUCGGAUAUAAAUAAAAAUAUAUGUGAAAAUUUAAAUAUUUAUAAAAUAAAAAAUGAAACAAAAAAUGACAAUGAAAAUAAAUAUAAAAGUAAGGAUAAUGAUAAAAAUAAAACAGAAAAUUAUAACAAAAGUACUUAUAAUAAUAUUUAUUAUGAAUACAAUAAUAAUAAUAAUAAUAAUAAUAAUAAUAAUAAUAUCGCCAAUUUUGAUAAUAACCUAUGUGGUCCUAACCAUAAUGAACAGCUUAACGAAUUUAUAUUAAACCAUCAUAAAAAAUGGAAUGAUAAAAACAAAAAUAUUUUGGAAUUAUCAUAUCAUAAUGAUUUUAUGAAUAAUAAAAUAGAAAAGAAUAUCAAAGAAAUAAAACAUAUCAAUAAAUAUUAUAUGAAAGAAGAAAUGAACUAUUUUAAGAAAGCCAUAAAAGAAAUGAAAAGGUUAAAAAAAAUUAUGUGUAAUAUUUUAAAAUCUCAAAGUAAUAAUUAUCUAAAUUUGAAUAUAGAUGAGAAAUUAUUAUAUAAUAUGCAAAAUGAUGAAGAUGUAUCAUUUGAAUCGUAUUUAAAAGAUGAUAGUGAUGAUAUUGAUGGUUAUGGUAAUCAUUAUGGUCAUGUUUAUGGUCAUCGUAAUGACCAUGGUCAGGUUUAUAAUCGUGAAGACGAUUAUAAUAUUAACCUUAAUACAAAUAAUAAUUACAAUAUAUAUAGAACCCCUCGUUUGGAUAAAAUAAGAAAAAAUGAUAAAUAUAAUUCUCAUCCACAAAUUGAAAAAGAAAUAUUAAAUAAUAGCAAUAAAUUUAACAUAAAUAAAAAUUAUAAAAAAUGUAAUAUAAUUGAUGAUGAUAAUGGUUCGAAAAUUCACAUGAAUAAAAAAAAUGGACUUAUGAAAAAAAAUGGUACAUCUUCAAAUAUGUUACAACUAAUUAAUAAAAAAAACGAAAAUGAUCAGAAAAAACUCAUCGAUCACAAUAAUGAAUAUAAUAGUGAUUAUUCUUUUGAUAGUGACAAUGUAAGCAAGUUAAUAAAUAUUGUGUUCGAAAAUAAAAACGAAAUGAAUAAGACAGCACUUAAAAUAGAUCAACGUAUGGACAGCACUAUUAAUGAUAAGCAUGAAGAAAUUAAAACAAAUAUAGAGGGUGAUAAAAAUAAUCAAAGGGAUGGUACAAAUUAUCAAAGGGAUGGUACAAAUUAUCAAAGGGAUGGUACAAAUUAUCAAAGGGAUGGUACAAAUUAUCAAAGGGAUGGUACAAAUUAUCAAAGGGAUGGUACAAAUUAUCAAAAGGGUGAUAAAAAUAAUCAAAGGGAUGAUAUUCAUAAUACAUCAAGAGAAGCUUUAGGAACAUUCGAAUUUGAAGUGAAUAUAAAAAAUAAUGAGGAGGAGUAUAAAGAAACGUUUAAAUAUAUUUAUGAAAAAAUUACUAAUAUAAGGAAUAAUAUGUGGAAUGAAGAUAUGGAUAAUAUGCAAAAUAAUGAAAUGAAACAAAAUUUAUUAAUAUAUAAAAGUAGAAAUGAUAACAUUUCUCCUGUAUACGAACAAAAUAUAAAUAAUAAUAUAAAAAUGUUAGAUACUGAAAAAAAGGAAGAUAUAAAAGAUAAACUCAAAAAUGAUGAUAUAGGUAAAGAAGAAAAUGUAAAUGGAGAUAAUGAUGUAAAAAAAUGUAAUGAUGAUAUAUAUUAUUUUAAUAUUUAUACAAACGUAUGGGAAAAUGUGGAUCUAAACGUUAGUCAAAAAUUAUUAACAAGUUUAAAAAUGAAAAAGGAUAUUAUAAAAAAAUAUUAUAAAAAUGAUUAUGAAUAUGAAAAUUUUAUAACCUUUAGUGAAUGGAAUGCCUACAAUUUAAUGAUAUCAAAAAUAUAUAAAGCUUUAGAUAUGAAAAAGUUUGAAUAUUAUCAGAGAAGAGUUUAUGAUACCGACAUAUUUAAACGUGAUUUUAAAAAAAGAUGUGCACAUGAUUUUGGAAUGAAAAUUAUAGGAAAACCACGUUCAAGAAGAAAGACAAAAAGGUGGAAUAUUGGAGGAGAAGAUAAGUUAUAUGAAGAUGAGGUAUAUUCAAAGAAUUCGGAUGACUAUUCUGAUUUUAAUUAUGAUGAAUAUGUUGAGGGAGAUGAAGACGAAUAUGAAGAAAACGAGCAUAAUCAAGAUAAUGAAAAUGAUGAACAUGAAAUUGGAGGCAAUAAAUAUGAUGAAGAUGAAGAUCAAAAUCAAGAACAACAAGAAGAACAAGAAGAACGAGAAAGUGAGGAUCGGAAUGAAGAUGAGGAUUAUGAGGAAGAUGAGGAUGAUGAGGAAGAUGAUGAUGAGGAAGAAGAUGAUGAGGAAGAAGAUGAUGAGGAAGAAGAUGAUCACGAAGAAGAUGAUAACGAAGAAGAUGAUAACGAAGAAGAUGAUAACGAAGAAGAUGAUAACGAAGAAGAUGAUCACGAAGAUGGUGAUCACGAAGAUGAUGUAGAUAAAAAAUGUCUUUAUGAAGAACAUAUAGAACAAGAGAAAGAAAAAGAAGUACCAGAAAAGAAGGAUGAAGAAAAAUGUACAUUUGUGAAAAAGGAAAGUUGUGAACAUAAUAAUGAUGGUUCCAAAAAAUAUAAUGAAGUUGUUUGCAAAAACGAAAAUACCAGUAAUGAGAAUUACAUUCUUAGUCAAGGUGAAUGUAAUAAAAUGAAAGAGUCCACUGAUCUAAAAAAUACAUUAAAUUCAAUUGAAGAUGAAGAAAAAUUCGAAGAACGGGAACCAAAAAGAAGCGAACGUUUAUAUUUAAGACGAAAAAGAGCUAGCAGCAUACUAAGCAAUAAUUCAACUGAAAACAGUGUUAACAAAAUUGUUACUAGACAAUAUAAAAAAUUAAAAGAGAGUGAAAAAGCUGAGGAAGAUGUGAAAAGUGUUUAUUUAGGAACACGAUCAAAUAAAACAAAUAAUAAUAAAAAAACACAUAUAUUUAAAAAGCGAAUAAAUAGAAAAAAAAAUUCGAAUACAUUAACAUUUAAAAAACCACAUAUAUAUGAAUUAAUUCAAUUACCAGAUUAUGUAACCCAUAACGAAUUGAUAAGUAGUAAGAAUGAAAGUCUUCCAACAUACAUAUUACAAUAUGAACAGUUAAGAAAAAAUGAAUGUGUAUAUUUUAAUAUACAAAAUCAUUACAACAGUUUUGUAAAUAAUGUAUAUCAUUUCGCUAUAAGUUAUGAACAGUCACUGAAACAUAAUGAAUAUCUGAACAAUGCAUUAAAUAAUAUAAAAUCAAGAUUUUAUAUUAAACGAUUAUGUCUUAAAAAUAAUAAAACUAUGGAAAAUAAUAAUAUAUAUGAUAUAUGUAGUACAUAUUAUAAUUAUCUCUAUACAUAUGAUCCAAAUAAUAAUACAUAUAUAUUACAAACAUCUAAUAGAAACAAUACAAUUGCAAGUAUAGAUAAAGGACUUAAUUAUGAAGAAUAUUAUAGCAACUAUGUAAAUGAUUAUUUACAAAGUCAAUUAUUAAAAAAGAAAAGAAAUAGAACAAAAAGUAAAGAAAAUAAUAAAUGUACAUCAGAUAUAUUAUUGUCCACUGAAAAUGAUAAUCCAUUAGAUAUAUCCAAUGAAUAUAUUGUCACAAGAAAAAUGUCAUCCAAAUAUUAUGAUAAUAGUCCAUUUUUAAAUGAGGAUUAUUUAGGUAUAAAAUCUAUGGAAUAUAAACAUAAUACAUCUAUAAUUAAUGAUAGUAAUUUUGGAGACAAGAAUAAUUAUGUUGAUUAUACUACAUCCUAUAUGGAUGGUAACAAUGAAAUCGCGUGUAAUUAUAAUUAUCUAAAUUAUUAUAAUAAUAAAGACCAUCAACCUAAAGCACAGAAUGAUAUAUCUUUCAGUGAAAAAACAUUAGAAGAGGGAGAUGAUGAAGUACAACAAUAG